UUAUCUUAUUGGUCAGAGCACGGAGCGUAUUUACAAAGUGACAGUCAAAGCUGCGUGCUGAUUGGCUAAGUGACGUAGUAGCUUUAAAUUUGAAAAGGCUCUUCCUAACCGCUGCAGUGAGAAAAAGUGUUGCAACGUAGACCGGGUUAUUUAGAGUUCACCAUGGCGCCAAGGAAACGCACUCAGAAUGCUAAAAACAAGAAGAAUGCCAAAACGCCGAAACUGGAAGCUUUUUUGCUUGAUUUUGACGAUGAAGUUCAUACCAUUGUUGAAAGACUGAAGGAGAAGACGAACAAUCUUCUGAAAGAUGCAGACAACCUUUACAAGACCGCACUGAUAAAGCUUCCCAUGGCAGUGAGGAAAAUUAACUGGAUCGAGUAUUGCAAUAUAGAGAAGCCAAAGUCACCAGUGGAUGAUUCAAAGGUGAGGGAGGAAGCUGCUCAGGUGGAGCUAGCUAUUGCCGAGAAUCAUGUGAUUCCCAAGUUUGCUGCCAAAGAAGCCAAGAAUGAUACAAACUCGGAGGAUGAAAACAUGGCACCCCUGAAGUCUACAGUGAAGAAGGUCUCAUCAAAGAAGGCGCCUUCUACAUCCAAGAAGGCCAGAGCACUCUCCAUCAGCAAACAGGGCAACACUAUCCAAAGGUCUACAAGAAAGCCUCUGAUCACCCCUGCUAGAAGUUUACUUGAGUCUUCAGUCAUUGGCACCACUCCGCUCAUCACACCACGCUUUGACCCAAGAUUGCCCAAGACUCCAGCAUUGAGACUUGCACGUCACAGGGAGAAGGUGUUCAGCAUGUCCGUUAACGGCUCACCUAUUGCUGGCGGUGGAGAAGACAUUGUUAUUAGUGUCCCCAUUGGAAACGGAGAGUGCAUUCAGCUGCUGGCCAGUGAAAUGGACUCUGUGGAUCUGAGUCAGCUGGAUGAGAAGGCCCUACGCAGUAUCAGAAACCUGCAGAAUCGUCUCACGACUCUUUGUGGAACAAAGUGAACGGCCCUUCAACCCAUCAGCAUUGUGUACUCCUAUUCUUUCCCAUGUUAUUUUUGUAUUAUAACCAUGUGGAUUUUAUAUUAUUUUUUUCCAUGUUUUCAAUAUAUGCUAUUGUUUUAUUCCCAAAAUCUUUUAAAAUGUAAAUAAGAUUAGUUGUGCUCAUAUUCUGUGUUGUACUGCCUUCUGUAAAUAUGACUCCUAAAAAGACCCUGAUUCCACA